GAAAUGAGUGCAAUUGAUUGGAAACCAGAACCUCCCUUUGAGGAUAAUGAUGAUGACCACCGGGCGGCGAAGAAGCAGAAGAAGAAAGCGGAGAAUGGAUGUGCUUCGACCAGGAGGUACACCAGAGUCCCCCUUAAGUUAGUCGCCGCCUUAUCCACUGUCUACGUGUGCAUUUUAUCUUCAGAGCGGUACUUCUAUUACUGGGUGCAGACCUCCAUUGAAAGGACAGACAUGCAUGUGUCUGAGAUCUAUUUUCCUGCGGUGACCAUUAUCCCAAUCAACUUUACCAGUGUUAAUAUUUCGAGGAAAUCGCAACGGUUCACCAAGGCCUAUAACCUGAUCCAGUCCGUGAUCUGGCAGACUCCGAUGUCAGCUCGUUUGACGGAGGAGAACUUCACGGAGUUCUCCGACUACGACAACUGGGACUUUCAGACCUGGGGAGUUCUCGAGUCCUGGCAGUUCAAUUGUAAGCACUUCUUCACCGAGUGCCAGUGGCGUCACAAGCCGAUGAACUGCUGUGACCUGUUCCGUCCUGGAAAGACCUUCAAUGGCUUUGCCUUCGUGUUCAAUUCGAACCUCUCCGCCUACAGGGACGCAACCUGGCCUUGGUCCGUGGCCGCCAGCGGUGCCUACAGCGGCCUAAAUGUGAAGAUUAAAAGGCAGUACACCCAGUUUACCAUAAACACUCUGGGGGUUAUAGUCCACGAACCAAAUCAGUAUCUGGGCGUGAGUAUUGACUACUCCUCGGAGGAUCGUAUCGUGGUGCCGGUAGAACCACUUCGCUUUAGCGCCGAAAUAGAUGUGAAGGCCCGUCCGGUUAAUAUGCGCCGCUGCUAUUUCGAUACCGAAGUCGAACAGUUGAAUCAAUCCCGUUCGGAAUGCAUCUACAAGUGUCACAUUCACUACAUCCUUGACAAGUGCAACUGCUCUCUGGAGUUGCCCCGACCGAUCUACGCCUCCAAUGAAGUAAAUAUUACGGAUGCGAGGGAAAGCAGCGGUCGCAGGCUUUGCGGUGUUAAGGAUCUUCACUGCUUUAAUAAACAUAAACUUUCCCUGUUUUCCAUGAGCAACAUCAUAGAAGAGUCCAGGGAUAAUAUAUUCACCACCGUUGAUUGCGGAUGUUUUCCCCAGUGCGAUCACACCCAGUACCACACUUCAACCUACACCGAACGGUUGAGCACCCACACCGCCCAUGAUGAGGAAAUCGAGAUAGAUGUGUACUUUCAGGAGGAGACCCUGUUCUCCUAUCGCUCCAUGCUCCGUUUCACCCUCAUCGAUCUCAUGGUUUCCUAUGGAGGAAUAGCAGGACUAAUCAUGGGCAUAUCUGUUCUGGGAUGCUUCAACAACUUCUUGGAUCACUUUGCCCGUUGUCGUAUACCCCAUGACUAAUGACUUGGGACCAUGAAAUCCCCACCUUACGCAGCUGCGUUCUCAUGUUUCCAUACUUACCUGUAAUCUAAAGACUCUCAAAUACACUAUACACCUGGUUCUUGGGAUGCACACAUAAAUAAAUUGAGAACAA